AUACGCUGUCAUCGAUCCUGUAUGUUUUGGAUAGCCUUCAUCAGUUCUUCUUGAGUUACAUCACAUGGUUGACAGUACCUGGAAGAUUCCAUUCAAAAGUCCAAGGUCAAUCCAUGACGCUCUCUAGAUGCGUUGACACCGGUGUGCGAUGGAUCAUGCCGGUAAUUACUAUCUGAUGUGCCGACAUGUUUAAAGUCUGGAGAUAGUGAGAGCUGAAGUCGUUAUUCCUUGCGAGUCUCCUGUGGUAUGAUGCUAUCUAGAGCGAAUGCCGAGCUUGGUGGGACCCUCUGGGAGGCACUCAUGUACGGUGCAUACAUCGCCAUACUACCUCAGGGCAUUCGGAUCCUGCUAAGGAAUGACUUCAGGGGAAGGAUAUUGAACUACUUUAUCUUCACUCUCGUAAUCAGUUUUCUAGCCAUCACUGUUCAUCUUUCGGCGAACUUCGCUCGAGUCAUAGAAGCGUUCACCAGUCAUUCUGAUGUACCAAAUUACCCCGACCACUUUUACAGUAUCAACAAUGAUAGGCUGAAUGUCCUCAAGAUGUCGGGGUAUGUGAUCACGACGCUCAUCAUGGAUGUCCUGAUCGUUUUCCGCACAUACAUGAUAUGGAACCGUGACUGGCGUAUCAUCUUGUUUCCUGUUGUGCUCUGCUGCGCAGACACAGGAAAGUCCGUUUGGAUUGUCAUCGCGACGGGCCUCACCGCGACGCCUCCAUCCACCGGGUUCUUUGCGCCAUCCUUACAGCUUCUCGCCUUUUUCGCAUUGACGCUGGGCUUAAAUUUCAUUUGCACAUCUCUGAUCGUAUUCAAGAUCUUCAGGGCUCGUCACCUUCUGAAUAAAUUUAUUAUUACGAGGCAAAGACGACUCAAUGGCGCUUUGGCGCUUGUCAUCGAAUCAGCUGCCAUCUAUUCGAUGUUUCUCUUUCUAGCGUUGAUACUAGCCGUCGCGAGAAGUAAUGCAUUGUACAUCAUAUUCAACAUGCUGCCACCCAUGAUUGGUAUCGUAUUCUUGUAUGUCAUACUCCGAAGCGCCGAGCAAAAACGCAAUACGACGGUCCUGCAAAGCACGGUACUCAACUCCAAUACAACUCAAACGCACGAUCCCGUCCAAACCGAGAUACACCUCGACUCCCCUCCGCAUUCCGCAUACAUGUCAACCUCCCCUCAUUCAGUCAAACCAAGAGGGUUACAUGGUUACGCACAAUCAAUCAUCAGCUUUGACAGUUCGGAUCACCGCAAUGUUUCAGACAAAGGAAGUCCCAUAGGGCAAGAAAACUAAGGUAGAUGCACUAUCGAACCACCUCUGCUCCCAGGAUCCCGGACGAGUCUGCGCAAGCAUCGUGAACUCGUCACAUGUAUUAUACAUCGUGCAAUCUAAUCUACUUUCCGCAGUAAUUGGAAACUCUCGCCCGAGCCUUCAGGUUGUUUGGACAGAUGGCUGAUGAUGGGUGAGUUUGUAGUGAGGAAAUAGAACUUCAAUUUUAAAUUCCUAUUUCAUCCAAGACCAUAGAUACAGAGAGGUACAAGAUCAUUCGUUGGAGUACAGCAUCAUUGUCAAGCAGAUCACGUCGUUCGAUAUUCGAACUUGCCAUUCGCCCUUAUCGAGACUUAUUGCGGGGAACCGUGCUGCAUGUUAUCAUGCGAAGCUCAAGCAAUUCACCUCGCUCGUUCUGAAGCACCAACAAACCUUCCCCAUCUACCCAGAUACGGGCGACAGCCUGCGAUCGUGCACCUGACAGAAACGAUCAAGCCUCACCAAGAACACAGUUUAAGCGUACCUAACCUCUACAGACAACUGAUGUCCCACAUACAUCUUCAAAAGGUCAUGCAGAUAGGCAAAUAGCUUCAAUUAUGAUACGUGAGGUCAAGUAGGCCAGAUUCACGUCUUGCAUGGUUUAACAUAAUCGCGUGGAAAUAAUACAUUAUGUCUACUCUAUAAGAUUCAGCUAUGAACUACAAUGAUAAAAUAUCAUACAAACU